CAUCCCUCCGUAGAGUGUGUUGUGAAAAAGAAAUCUGCCACUGUUUAUUUUUAAUUGAAGAUUUGUAUACACUUUGUUGAAAUACACUAUUGGAAUAUAUUACUGGAUAUAAUUGGUCUCACAAUGGUAACGAACAUGAUGAUGUUACUUAUGUUCAUGACUGUAUGCACGGUCACUGCGCAGACGUUCCAAUACUCGAGAGGCUGGACUAAUGGCAAACGAGACGGCAACAGGAACGAAGUUUUGGAACGCAUCUUAAGCCCUUGUCAAUUAAUAAAGCUCAAGUAUCUGCUGGAAGGAAAACCGUUCAAUGAAAGGUUUUACGCGCCCUGCGACUACAAUGAAAAUCUAGAGUCGCCAUCUACGCGGUACAAAACGGAACCAAGUCAAGAAACUCUCUUUGAUGUAUUUCAGUGAGAUGUUUCGUAGAAAAAAGCUAUUUUAACCAGAUUAUGAAUGAUAAUUCGGACCUUGUGUAUAAUUUUAAAAGAAAUUCUUUUUA